UAAUCAGCUCUGACACCGCGGAGCCACUGACCAGCCCUUAGAGAUAAGGCUUUCUUCUGCGGGGAGACAAAGAUUUGAAAAAGUACCCGCCGCCAUGGGGGACAGAAGCCCCUUCGAAACGGACAUGCUCACCCUGACCCGCUACGUGAUGGAAAAGGGUCGUCAGGCCAAAGGGACCGGGGAGCUCACGCAGCUGCUCAACUCCAUGCUGACGGCCAUCAAAGCCAUCUCCUCGGCGGUGCGCAAGGCCGGCCUGGCCCACCUGUACGGAAUCGCGGGAAGCGUGAACGUGACGGGGGAUGAGGUGAAGAAGCUGGACGUGUUAUCCAAUUCCCUGGUGAUCAACAUGCUCCAGUCCUCCUACGGCACCUGCGUCCUGGUCUCCGAAGAGAAUAAAGACGCGAUUAUCACCUCCAAGGAGAAGAGGGGGAAAUACGUGGUCUGCUUUGACCCGCUGGAUGGAUCCUCCAACAUCGACUGCCUGGCUUCCAUCGGAACCAUAUUUGCCAUCUACAGGAAGACCUCGGAGGACGAGCCUUCUGAGAAGGAUGCCCUGCAGCCGGGUCGAAACAUCGUGGCUGCGGGCUAUGCGCUGUACGGAAGUGCCACCCUGGUGGCUCUUUCCACGGGGCAAGGAGUGGACCUCUUCAUGCUCGACCCAGCUCUUGGUGAAUUUAUCCUGGUGGAAAAAGAUGUCAAGAUUAAAAAGAAAGGAAAGAUUUACAGCCUCAAUGAGGGCUACGCCAAGUAUUUUGACGCCGCCACCACAGAAUAUGUGCAGAAAAAGAAGUUUCCUGAGGACGGCAGCGCUCCCUACGCGGCCAGGUACGUGGGCUCCAUGGUGGCCGAUGUGCACCGCACCCUGGUCUACGGCGGGAUCUUCCUGUACCCCGCCAACCAGAAGAGUCCGAAGGGCAAGCUGCGGCUCCUGUACGAGUGCAAUCCCGUGGCCUACAUCAUCGAGCAGGCGGGAGGCUUGGCCACCACCGGCACCCAGCCCGUGCUCGACGUGAAGCCGGAGGCCAUUCACCAGCGAGUCCCCCUCAUCCUGGGGUCCCCGGAUGACGUGCAGGAAUAUCUCACCUGUGUCCAGAAGAACCAGGCAGGCAGGUAGUGAGUCUGAGCCCGCCAGCCCUCUUCUCUUUGUCCUGUACCUUGUUAAGGACCCUAAGUGAACGAUAAGUGGAAACUGUUGGUGAGAAACAGAAGGAAAAUUCACCGAAUCACGGCCGGAAGAGCAGCAGCAAACUGCUCUCCGCGGGCGAGGAAGCCAGAGGGGAGCCUGCGGUCAGUGCAAAGGGCUAAAAAUAAAACCCGCAUGUGAAAAGAACAA